CAUUUUUACUGCGUCACCCCCAAAGCAAAGUCCAUUGAUAUAUAUCUGAUUGCGUUCCUUCCAAUUUCUUCACCUCUCUCUCUCUCUCCCAAAUCCCAAAUUCCCAGUGAUCCAAGAUCUCGUUUUUUUUCUCACAGAGAGAGACCCAUCUCUCAAUUUUCGUAUUCGCUGAAGGUCAGUCAGAUCCGUACUUCCUCUCAAAUCCUUUUCAUUUUUGCCUAUUCCUUUAUGUAAUUGUAUUAGAUUUCGUAGUUUUCAUAUCUGAAUCUGCAAUUAAACCCAAAACCCACAUCAAAUUUUGCCUUUUUCACCCAUCUCCCCAUCUGGGUCGUCCAGAUCCGACACAAACUCGUUCAAAAAUGGGGCUCUUUAACCAUUUUAGGAUCUGGGUAUUGACCAUUUGCUUGGUAUUUCAAUCCGGGUAUGGGUUUUAUCUUCCGGGUAGUUACCCCCACAAUCAUGCCGUGGGCGACCAAUUAUCGGUGAAAGUGAAUUCUCUCACUUCCAUUGAAACCGAAAUGCCCUUUAGCUAUUACAGUUUGCCCUUCUGUAAGCCCCAAGGGGGUGUCAAGGACAGCGCCGAGAAUCUCGGUGAGCUUCUCAUGGGGGAUCGGAUCGAGAACUCGCCUUAUCUGUUUAAGAUGCAUACAAACGAGUCUGAGAUCUUCUUGUGUAAGUCGGAUCCGUUAUCGGCCGACGAUUUCAAGAUCUUGACUAAAAGAAUUGACGAGGUAUAUCAGGUUAAUUUGCUUCUCGAUAACUUGCCUGCAAUUCGGUAUACCUCGAAGGAGGAUUAUGUUUUGCGGUGGACGGGGUAUCCGGUUGGGGUUAAUAUUCAGGAUGUGUACUAUAUAUUUAACCAUUUGAAGUUUAAAGUGCUUGUUCAUAAGUAUGAGGAGACAAACGUGGCGGGUGUAAUGGGGACCGGUGAUGCAGCUGAGGUGAUCCCAAAUGUUGCGAAAAGGGAUUCGGGUCCGCCUGGAUACAUGGUUGUUGGGUUUGAGGUUGUGCCUUGUAGUGUAAUGAUUAAUGCUGAUUCAGUGAAGAAGUUGAAACCGUAUGAUAAGUUCCCAAAUAAAUUGAAAUGUGAUCCAAACACCGUGUCAAUGCCGAUCAAGCAAGGGCAGCCGAUUGUGUUUACCUAUGAGGUUGAAUUUGAGGAGAGUGACAUCAAGUGGCCGUCGCGAUGGGAUGCUUAUUUGAAGAUGGAGGGAGCAAAAGUCCAUUGGUUCUCGAUUUUGAAUUCCCUAAUGGUGAUCACAUUCCUUGCUGGUAUUGUGCUAGUCAUCUUCUUGAGGACUGUUAGGCGGGAUCUGACCCGUUAUGAGGAACUUGACAAGGAGGCACAAGCACAGAUGAAUGAGGAGUUAUCUGGGUGGAAGCUUGUUGUGGGGGAUGUAUUCCGUGCCCCAAACAAUGCCUCCCUUUUGUGUAUCAUGGUUGGAGAUGGGGUUCAGAUUCUUGGAAUGGCUGUUGUGACGAUAUUGUUUGCAGCUCUUGGAUUCAUGUCACCGGCUUCACGUGGAACACUUAUUACAGGUAUGCUUUUUAUCUAUAUGAUACUUGGUAUUGCAGCUGGUUAUGUCGCUGUUCGUCUCUGGAGGACUAUUGGCUGUGGUGAUUCCAAAGGAUGGGCUUCGGUCUCAUGGAAGGCUGCUUGUUUCUUCCCUGGUAUAGCCUUUUUGAUCCUCACCACUUUGAAUUUCCUUUUGUGGGGAAGUCACAGCACAGGAGCCAUUCCAUUCUCUCUGUUUGUUAUUCUGAUUCUGCUCUGGUUCUGCAUCUCUGUUCCCCUGACCUUAAUUGGUGGAUACUUUGGAGCAAAAGCACCUCAUAUUGAAUACCCUGUUAGAACCAACCAGAUUCCUCGUGAAAUCCCAGCUCAGAAAUACCCAUCCUGGCUGCUUGUUCUUGGUGCUGGUACCCUCCCUUUCGGUACCCUUUUCAUUGAGCUAUUCUUUAUCAUGUCUAGCAUUUGGAUGGGCCGUGUAUACUAUGUCUUUGGAUUCCUCUUUAUUGUUAUGAUCCUUCUUGUGGUGGUGUGUGCUGAAGUGUCGUUGGUUCUAACAUAUAUGCAUCUCUGUGUGGAGGACUGGAAAUGGUGGUGGAAGUCAUUCUUUGCUUCUGGUUCUGUUGCCAUAUACAUCUUCUUGUACUCCAUAAACUAUCUUGUAUUUGAUCUAAAGAGUUUGAGUGGACCUGUCUCUGCCACUCUUUACUUGGGAUAUUCGCUCUUCAUGGUUAUAGCAAUCAUGCUGGCAACUGGCACAGUUGGGUUCCUUUCAUCAUUCUGGUUUGUGCAUUAUUUGUUCUCCUCCGUCAAGCUGGACUAGAGAACUUUUUCCCGCUCAAAAGAUUGGCACUUUGAAGAGCAUUGGUGGCAGCCGUUUAAGGGACAAAGAACGAAACUUGCAGAGUAUAUGUUUACUUUUCUACAGUUUAUUUUGUUAGGGAACUUAGAAAAUGUAAUAACAAUAAUUCGUCCAGUUUUGCUUAAUUCUUUAAUAGAUGGAUAUCAUGGCAUAUGAUAGUUUGCUACCAAAUUUAAUUUGCAUUCUGGCGGAUGGAGGCAUGUCUAGUUGAUGGUAGUUGGCAUGGGAUCUUUAGUUUGUAACUUUUUGACUAUUCAGUUCUGUUUGUUUUGAAAUACUGAAGGCAAAAAUUAUAUGCUGUUUA